AUGGUGAACCUCAAAGACAACCAGGGUCAGAACAUCAAAUCUGGUCCAGAUAAUUGGUAUAAACUCGCACUGGCUGAUGGAAAGGACCUCUUUUUCAUCCACAGGACUGAAGGGGGCCGUGCAACAAAGUGCUUCAUAUCUGCUAUUGAUGCUGGACAAGGAAUGGUACUACGCUAUCAGCGCUAUAACGGCGAUGAUCGACCCAAUCAGGGCUGGCCAAUUGGUGAUAAGGGAGACCUCCGUUGA